UCCUUCAGAUUCAUCUGUUCAAUAUGAAGCCCACCACAGCAGCUGUUGUUUUCUUGUAUGUUAUAAUUUGUGUAAGCGGACUUUCUACAACUGAUAAGACAAAACAGAAUGAUGACAUAGCCGACAUUAAAAACAGAUUAGGACAUCUUGAACAGAUGAUUGGACAACUGGUCACCGGAAAUUCAUCUUCGGAUGUUCUAAAAUUUAGUGUGUCCACGAGCAGAAACGAGCACGUUUCCUUUUCUGCCUACAAGAACCAUAUCCAGUCUUUACUCAAUAAGAGACACAUCAUCAAGUUUGAGCAGACGAUACUGAACCUUGGAAAUCACUACCACCCCGAGGACGGGAUAUUUAUCGCCCCGGUGUCAGGUGUAUACCUCUUCCACUGGACCAUGAUUAACCAUGGGGAUCAUGCACAUACAAAUAUUUUGGUUGGAGGAAAGGUUAUGUCUACAACUACCACCUCGGUAGUAUCAAAUUAUAAUUCCGGAUCAGCUUUGGUGAUUGUUCACGUACAGAAGGGACAGCAUGUUUGGAUACAGACUUGUUGUGGUACUGGACAUGAAGUGUUUGGAAACACACUAGGGUUGGAUAGCUAUUUCCAAUCUACUUUUUCUGGGACAUUACUCUUUCCUGUUUCUUAAAAGUAAAGAUACGCAUGUGACACAAUUUCACCUGCUGGACAGAAACUGAAAACCUAUUAAAAUACAAGUAUUACAACGGAGUGAUAGAAGUAAUCAUUACACAUUUUCAUUUCUCUUUUCUCUUUGAUAACUCUGAAAGUUUGUGGAUUUGAUUUCUUGAUCAUUCUUCCGGAAUGUAAAUUUCACCAAUCGAUACAGUAGGAGCUUAGGAGGUCUAACACGCUUGUAAAUCUUUGUGUAUUUGACGUCAGUUGGCGGUGACUAGGGAGGCCUCGUGUAAUUUUAAAUUUCAUAAAUCAGGCGAAAUAUAAAUGUUGAACGUU